GUACUACGAAGCCGUUGGGGUCACUCCAACCGCGAGAAGUGAGCCUCUACUUUUAGUCAAUCCUCUUUGGUGCUAACAAUCUCCCCUAUAAUCUCUAAUUAGUUCAUCCGCCACCGCUAUUAACCAUCUAGUUAAAAUCAUUACACAAUAUACACAUGAGCAUAAACAUUGAACUGUCUAGCAAUUCGGAGUAGGUAGCAAAGAUCAUUGAUCGAAGGUAACAAACAACAUAUUCGAAAAAUGUUGAUAUCGCGAGGAGUUGGUGUGAUAAAAAAUGUCACAGCCCUUGCAACUCGUGCAAAAACACCGAUGAACACUCAAGUACGACAUUCAGGUGGACCUGUUAUGUAUCGUGACAUGUGGGAGCCAAGGAAAUUUGAUGUGUACAUGGCUGAGGCUUGUGGAGGUCUCAUGUGGUGGUGGAUCCUCUGGCAUAUGUGGCACGAUUUUGGACACAUUGUGGGUGAAUUCCCUUACCCAGAAGCGGAUAAGUGGACUGAUGAAGAAUUGGGAAUCCCGCCUGAAGGGGAAGAUUUCUAAAUAAUUUUUAUUAUAAACGGGUUGUAGAUAAAAAAGCGAAAAUAUGUCUCAUAGAUAAAUUAUAAUUAUUCCAAGCUAA